UAUGACUUCAAUUAUUCGCAAAUUCUAGAAUGAAACCCUAAUCAAAAAUCAUGUUUUCUCAUUUGUAGGUUUUAUGGCUGGAUUGAAAUUGUGUGAUUAUUUGCUUUUUGAUGAUGUAUUUUGAAAAAGCAUAAUAGAAAUAAUUUUAAGAAUUGAAAGAAGAUAUGGAAGAUGAAUUUUGGGCUCAUAAUGGUGAGCCUACAUAGAUCUAACCUUAUAUAGUUGAUUCUGUAAAAGGAGGUAAAAGAAAAUCUUGGAUUUAUAUUAUGUAUGAGAAGGAUCAAUUAAUUAAAAAGAAAGAUGAGUUUGAUUGAAU